AUGGAUUUAUUCGACAACAACAACUGGGAUCACAAUGCUGAAGACUUUCAGCAUGAUUUGAGUGUACAACAGGCAUUUUCUACUGCAUCAUCUCAGGAACAUCAUCAAAUCAUGGCAGGCCUCGUACAACCACAACCUGUGCUUAAAGUAGAGGGUGUAAUUCAGGCACUUACACCAACCUUAUCUGAUUACGACCCUCAUUAUGGGGGAUUGUCUGCUUGUCCAUCUCCCUAUUUGAUGUCACCUGUUGGUAGCAAGAGACGCUACUCGCUCGGAGGAUAUGAGCCUCCUCGAUGGGCACCAUACAUGUCACCUAUUGUCACGACAACUCGAAGCCACUCAGUCAAACGAAACAAGCGACCUUCUACUUACUCUCGCUGGACACUGGAAGAAGACGAGCUGCUCCGUCAGGCUGUUCAGUUACACGGUCCUCAUAAAUGGUCUCUGAUUGCCUCGCAUGUACCAAAUCGUACGCCAAUGCAAUGCUCCACACGAUGGCUGGGUGCUCUCAACCCCAACAUUCACAAGGGUCGCUGGACCGAAAAUGAGGAUGCUAUUUUACGGUACUCUGUAUUGGAAUACGCGAGUGUUACUGAUAGUGAAGGCAGAGUGCAACCUAUACCAUGGAAUAAGAUUGCAGAGCGAAUUCCCAACCGCACAGGUAUCCAAUGUCAAGCAAGGUGGACAGAAGCACUGGAUCCCUAUGUUCGCAAGGGGAAAUGGGGCGUGGAGGAGGAUGCUUUACUGCGUAUGGGCGUCAGUGAUUUUGGCCGUUGCUGGAUUAGAAUAGCAGAGACUAUUCCAGGUAGAACACAGAGACAGUGCCGUACGCGUUGGAUGCAAAUCAAGUACAAGGAGGACCGUCAGCAGCGAACUGAACAGAAGCGCAAAGAUGCAGCCGAUGACACAUCAUCUCAAAGUUAUAUCACAUCAGAUGAAGAGGAGGUCGAAGAAGUAGAUGCUCAGCGAGAUAAACAACAACAGCAGCAACAGCAGCAAAGGCCCAAGUCGACACAACAAGCACAGCAGCAACAGAAAAAGCUACUACAUCCUCAUCAGCACCAAGUGCCUUCCUUUUUCGUUGUGGAUGAUUUCGACACACAACUUCACCAGCCUCUAUUGGAAGAUACCAACACAACUCAAGUGAACCAGCCAGCAACGACUGCAGCACCCAAUAUCGAGUUUCUAAAGGAUGAUGAUUUCUUUUUAUCAACAGACUGGCCCCUCAAUGCUUAUCAACAAUCGCAUAAUGCUUAUUUAUGA